CUUGGGGUGGGAAGGAAGGGGCCUGUGAUGCCUCUGUGUAAGACCUGCUGCUCUUCAAGACAGCUCACAAUCCAGGCAGCCACGGCCUGGAUCUAACUGGCCGGUCUAAGGCUCAAAAUAAGCCCACUUCAUAGAUGAGGAAAUGGAGGCCCUGGCACUAAGUGACAUGUCCACAUUGGUAUGAGAGGAAGGUGAUGUUAGACCGUGGGUCAUUCUUGAAACAACCUUCUGGGGCUUCCUUAAAGUCGUUCAGAAAGAAAAAGAACUCCAGGGCAGUUUGCUUGGAACUGAAGCCAGAGCUGACACAGAUAUAUGAUUACAAAGGAUUUAAACACGAAGAGCCAGUCAUCAAAAAAGGGAUGACGCAGGAGCUGAAGAAUGAACUCAGGGAGGUGAGAGAAGAACUCAAGGAAAAAAUGGAAGAGAUAAAACAGAUAAAGGAUAUAAUGGACAAAGAUUUCGAUAAGCUUCAUGAAUUUGUGGAAAUUAUGAAGGAAAUGCAGAAGGAUAUGGAUGAAAAGAUGGAUGUUUUAAUAAACACACAGAAGAACAACAAGCCUCCCCUUCAAAAACAACCAAAGGAGCAGCAGGUGGUCGGGCAGAUAGGAAAGAUGGACAAAGAUUCCCAGCCCAAACUCAAGAAACUGGAAGAACCCAAUGGAGCAUCGUUGACUAGUGACAAGACGAUGGUGUCACAAAAAACGAAGGAUAGCCCCCUGGAUUCCCUUCAUACGUGUCAGAGUUGCUGCGAGAAAUGUUUGUUGUGUGCCCUAAAGACCAGCUGCAAUCGGGGCAGGAGGCCUUCACACCACGCCUGGGCGCCCUUUUCACCUUUAUCAUCUGGAGCUGCUUUCUGAUUUAUCUGUACUUCAACCCCGAUGAGAUGGAGUAUGUGCUGCCAACCUAGCACAGCCGUGGAGCCAGCCCACCAGCAGCUCUGGUUCAUCCUCUCUAUGAGCUGCACAGCAGGGUUUUCUGCCCUUUUCAAGACCCCAGCCCCACCCCUGCCCAGGCUUCUACCUGGGGAUUAAAGUCUUUCAUUUAAAGUCUAAA